AUGGUACCGAAAGUUAAAAGUAGAGAGCAAUGUAGAGAGCAAGGUAGAGACCCAGGUAGAGACCCAGGUAGAGAGCAGUGCAGAGAGAAAUGUAGAGAUCAACUAAUUACUGGCGAAGAAAAUGAGACUACGCGACAUGCGAUCAAAGCAAAAUUAUUUUAUCUGGACAGCGAAAAUCAAUGGAAAGAACGAGGUGUUGGAAUCUUAAAACUUAAUUAUCCAAAGGACCACGUUGUGCUGCGAGUGAUCUUAAAUAUUGCUUUAUUUCACGGAAUGAGCGUCGAAAGAUCACAAGAAAAGUUUGUAAGAAUUUUCGCAUUUGAAGGAACUAGCACUACUCCCGUUCAUUUUGCUAUUAAGCUUCCUGAUACGGAUGCUGCGGAUGAAUUAUAUAAUGCCAUACGGGAGGCGAUAGCAUGA